GAUCAACUCAGAGACAAACACCCGAAUAGACUCCAUGUCCUGCAACUGGAGGGCACUAAUUAUAACAGUUUCCCGCAGUUUGUCAAACAAGUGGAGGCCAUAGUGGGUGACCAGGGAUUGGAUACAGUCAUCAAUAACGCGGGCAUUUUAAUCGUAAAAAGUCUGGAUUCAGUGACCGCUGAGGAUAUGCUUAAGAAUUUUGAAGUGAAUUCUGUGGCACCGCUUAUGUUCACCAAAGCGUUGCUGCCAUUGCUUAAGGUUUCAGGGCAAACUAAACGGCAAACCACCCUGGCUAACAUAUCAUCACUAAUAGGCUCUAUUGAGGAGACACAUAAUUAUAAGCAAUUCAUGUCUUAUCCAUACAAUACCAGUAAGGCUGCACUUAAUAUGAUAUCCAAAUGUCUGUCCGUGGACUUGGGUCCCGAAAACAUCCGGGUCCUGUCCAUACAUCCGGGUCAUGUGAAAACAGAUAUGGGUGGACCUAAUGCAGUCAUUGAUGUUAGUACUAGUGCCCAGGGCAUACUGAAUGUGAUCAAGAAUACCAAUGACAAGGAAUUUGGAAAAUUAAUUAGUUAUGAUGGAAAUAUACUACCUUAUUAAUGGAAUUAUAUUACUAUAUAAAUUAUAAAAUCAGCAUUUUUAAAAAAUUAUUUGCCUUAAA